AUGAAGAUUCACUCACGGAAGCCCAGGAAUUGGCUAAUCAAUUGCAUUUGUUUGCUUUUCUUUCUUGGUCGAUGCUAUGCCUUGGAUGCCUAUAGUCGCUUUCGCGUCGAAGAAGGCACAGGUCCUGUUACUGCGGCUGGAACAUUCGGCUAUGGCGGCACUUGCUAUGGCGUUGGUGAGGAAGGAGCAGACCUAGAUGCCAUAUAUACCGAGGCGAUAGAUAUGGCACAGGUAGCUUUGGAUGCCCUUAACAAUUACGCUAACAGUGCUACCGUACGUGCGACCGUGCAGACAUUCCUUGGAAUAAAACCCGCAUCAGAAACGUCCACAACAGUCCUGGCCGAUCAUGCCAACUAUUUUACCACUGCUAAAAAUGUUCUUGAAGCGAUUAUUGCUUUCUCUAAUGGCAAAGGACUCGAGAAACCAGGUCUUUUCUGUGACGACAGUUGGCGCUGGAAGACAAAGAUGGUGUAUUCACAGUCUACUGGGGAAAUGACUACCACGACGGUCUCCGAGGACACAGGUGGUAAAGAGCAAUGGAACUGGUGGUCUCCUUUGUACCGAAAGCAUGUCGGCACAGGGGAGGGUUGUAUAAAUAACGGAGAGAGUGCCACAUUCGGCUUCACUUGUCACGAGGAGGGGGCCCAAUCAAUCACAAUGUGUCCAAUCAGCUUUAGUUACCCCAAGCGAUAUACCCUGAGUGCUUAUCGAUCCGGCGAGAAGGUCGUCCCGGAGGGUAAAGCCUUGCAAACGUAUAUGUUUAUUCCGGGUAUUUUAUUGCAUGAGCUGGCUCACUUGGUUACGGAAGGUGAUGUCUCGGAUAUUCCAAUACGUAUUGGUGGAUCGGCCGCAAAGAAGGCUUAUGGAGCUGUGCUCGUCGAGACGCUUGCUAAAGGACUCCCUGAAUACGCCGUCCAAAAUGCUGAUAGCUAUAAUUGGUUUGCUACUGCUAUUUAUAUUGACCAAUGCGACUGGUCACGGGGCAAAUGCGCCAAAACUCCAUCCUGCCUGGCUUUCGAAGCUUUAGGCGAAGACUAUUCUCUCUCUUCGCUCAUCAACGGACGAGGAGAGUGA